CGACGAUGACACUGUAUAGGGUACAAAUCGCGCGGGAAAGCCGCCCAUCAGGGAUGUGCCAUCAUCACGUGUUGCGCGACGGUAUAGGGUCAAUAGUGUUUUCUGGUCCAGUCACAGGAAUAGUGACACAGGCAGGUGAUCAGUGAUCAAUCUUUUAUGCGAAAAUCAUCAUGGCGGGUAACGACUACCGUAGAGCCUAAUCAGAGUUGGUUGCGACGAAGCACCGCACCUGCAGCGAAAGCAAUCAGUGGCUGUGCCCACUAUUCCUUACCACCCGCCGAUCAUCGAAACUGUUCAAAUCAACAUUGUGGUCACUUGUGUACUCGUCCUUCGCCGCCAUGUUCAUUAAAAUACUCAUUUUCAUCAUGGAUUAUCCCACGCAUGUGGCGGCAGAGUCCGCGGCACACGUCAUAAAAUUCCAUAAUUCCCUGGACUUGCUUGACGGCACCGUCAAAAGGAGGAAAGAGUAUGAGCUCCUGUUUGUCGAUGAACCCAUACGCUCGGUCGAUCUGAAUGUUCUUGUCUUCGACACGAUUGUGGCCCCCACUCGGUUGGAUGAAGCGGAGCAUGGGCUGCUCGUUCUACCGGGAGCAAAGCUGACAGUCGGCACGACGUAUUUCGGUCCAUCGGAGAAUGAACAUCGCAAAGCCGAAUCUUCGUCACUUUUACUGGCCGCUGCAACAGAUGUCGGCUUUUUCUUUAAUUGUGAUCUCUCUGCGACUAAUAUCGAGACUUUGUCUGUGAAAUCGUCUAAACGCUGUGCCUCUCUCGCAAGAGGGAAAGACACCCCGAAACAAUGAUGGACAGCCCUGCAUCUUGGAUUGUGGACGUCUUUGGCAGUCUAGUCGCGUUGCCGUGAGUUUCCAGGCCAGAAUAAGAACAAGCAGAUUUUGACUUGCCCAUGAUUUCCGGUGUCGGAGAUCAUCACGCCUUGGCUCAAAGCCCGGAAGCCGGCACUUGCAACAGAGAUUUUGCAGAGAGUUUGAAAUCUAUGUUCGACGUCAUGGGCGCGAUCGACCGGAUUCACCCUGCGCUGGUAGUGAAACAUGACGUAUCUACAGGGAGGUUGCUGCCAUGUCUUUCGUGCCCGAAAACGCCACCAUUCCUGUGCCCCAGAUGAACUAUCGGCAUCUGCUGCCGGCCGGAGGACCGGUGAUAACCAUGUGCUUGGUCGUAUACGAUCUACGAAUGCCAGGACACUUUCAGCUUCAGGGACAUUUGGAACCUGCGGUCCUACGUCAAAGCUCCACGCCAUACCGGCUGACCCUGGUACAUUGGGAAAUCUGGAAGACGGCGCCGUUUCCGGUCUGAUGGUUUAACCACGAAGAACGCAUGUUUGAUUCGUUUUCUAGUUUCGAACGACAUGGGGAGUGGUUAUCGUUCGUAGAACGGAAUUCUCUACAUAGAUCCAGUCCGAAGCCAGAAAGAAAAG